GAACUGCAGUUAAGAAUUAGUUUAGAGAUGACAUCUACCAUACCAUUAGUAAAACUAAACAAUGGAAAGUACAUUCCAGCACUUGGACUUGGAACAUUUAAGAUUGCCCAUUUGACGGAGGAGAUUGUAGGACAAGCGAUCGACCAAGGUUACCGUCUGAUAGACACGGCUCCCGUGUAUCAGAACAACGAGGUAGCCGUGGGUCGAGCCAUCAGACAAAAGAUUAGAGAAGGCGUCGUCACGAGGGAGGAAAUGUUCGUUGUCAGCAAGUUAUGGAAUACUCAUCAUUCCAAGGGUGAAGUGACCGCAGCCUGUGAGAAGUCUUUACGCUUUCUCUCCGUUGAUUACAUAGACCUGUACUUGAUCAACUGGCCGUUCGGGCUUAAGAGCAAUACUAGGGAUCACUUUAAGAAACAAGAGUUCUACGCAUUUGACACAACAUCCAUAGAAGACACAUGGAAGGAGAUGGAGACCCUAGUAUCCAGAGGUCUGGUCCGGAGUGUAGGAGUUGCCAACUUUAACACAGGACAGCUUGAGAGGAUUUUGAAAAUCGCUAAAUACAAACCUGUCGUUAACCAGAUUGAAACCAACGUUAGGCUUGUACAAGAGGAGAUUCUUCAGUUCUGUAAAGCGAGAGACAUUGUCGUGAUGGGCUACCGACCACUUGGAGCUCCGGGCAGGAAGAUAGAACUGACCCCUGAAGAAGAGUGGCAGGUGGUGAUAGAAAGCAACCACAACUUGAUAGAGAUUGGGAAAAAAUACAAGAAAACUCCAGCGCAAGUCUGCUUGCGUUACUUGGUGGAGCUAGGAGUUGUACCAAUACCAAAAACAGCUGAGGAAGCAAGGUUAAAAGAAAAUAUGGAUAUCUUCGACUUCAAACUGGAUGUCGAGGAUACUAAAUACAUACAGACUCUUCACACAAACUAUCGCAUAACACAUUACGAGGCAGCAAAGGCACACAAAGAAUAUCCUUUCAAAUAGAAUCUUCAAACAGGAAACUGGAGUGGUUUAUUUUUCUUACAAACAAAAUAAAUAUACAAACAAAAUUUGCA